CUUCCUUCCUCUGACACUCAUCACUCCAUGUCGCUGUUCGCCGGGCCUUCGCGGCCAACGACGACCACGCCGACCGUGGUGAACUAUCGGCACCUACUGAGUCCGCAGGCGAUGACUGUCUUCAACCCGCUGCGUACGAUCGCUCACUGCGACAUUGACGGCGCGUUUGCUCAAUUUGAGCAGGUGCGGCUAGGGCUGCCAGACGACGUGCCCCUCAUCUGCAGUCAAUGGGGCUCGAUCAUCGCGGUCAACUAUCCCGCGCGCGCGUACGGGAUCAAGCGCAUGCACAACGAAGUGGAGGCAAAGAAGCUAUGCCCUCACCUUGUGGUGCAACACGUUGCGACGUACCGCGACGGCGACACUGAAGCUGGGUAUUGGGACGAUGUGGACCGGCGCACGCACAAAGUCAGCCUGGACCCGUACAGGAGGGAGAGCCUCAAGAUUCUCGCGAUAUUCCGAGAGAUGGUUCCCCGGGGCGAGCUGGAGAAGGCGUCGAUCGAUGAGGCGUUCAUGGACCUCACGCCGAUGGUAAUCGAGCGCCUCCUCGAGCGACACGCGUACCUUCGCUCUGUGCCACCAGACGCGCCUGACGGGCUUGACUCGCCGCUGCCCCCCGCCCCACCGGUUGACUGGGGAAAGGCAGGUCAUGUGGUGCCUGUGGAUAUGGGCAUGGGGGUAGAGGAAGGUGUCGAGCCGGAGGACGGCGACGGGGAAACUAAGGGCGAGUCGACAUGGGGCGAUUGGGCGCUGUGCGUUGGCGCCGAGAUUAUGGCCGACGUACGCGCCGAAGUGUGGCGCCGGCUGCACUAUACAUGCUCUGCGGGCAUAGGGCAUAACAAGACGCUCGCGAAGAUCUGCAGUGGGUGGAAGAAGCCAAACCAACAGACAGUGCUGCGGUUGGCGGCCACACCGGGCUUCAUGCGUGACAUGGACUUCACAGACAUCCGGUUUCUGGGCGGCAAGUUGGGGAAUGCCAUUGCGGAGGAGUACAGCGCGAAGACGGUCGGAGACAUGCUCCCGGUCACGCUGGAAGACAUGCAGGCCAAGUUCGGCGAAGAGAGCAUCUGGGUUUACAACAUCUUGCGGGGCAUAGACCACACCGAGGUGAAGGAGAAGCUGGCGACGAAGAGCAUGCUCGCAAGCAAGAAUACGAUCCCCAACGUGACCACUCACGCGCAGGGCCAUCACUGGCUUGGCGUACUGGCCGGCGAGCUAGCCGUACGGCUGCGCGAGGCGCGGGCAGUCGCGCCGGGCUUGUGGCCCAAAACAUUGGUGCUCUCCACGCGGACGGGGUGGGACCCCCGCAGUCGCCAGAUGGCUUUUCCUUUUGCGCGCGAUCUUGACGCCGCGUACAUUGUGAAACACGCGCGGCGGCUGUGGGACGAGCACGUCGGCCACCUGAAGGUGCUGAAGUUCAACAAUAUCUCACUCGCGUUCCAUGGCCUCGAGAAGCUUGAGGAGGGGCAGCGCGGGAUCGAGGGAUUCCUGAAGCGGCCGCGGGAGGAGCGUGAGGCCUCGGCGCAGUCAUCUGGUUCCAGCGAGCACGUCAAGGAGCCGCCGGUGAAGCGUACGCGGCUGCCGACUCUCCACAUGUCGCCGAAGCCGACGCCGCUCGAGGCAUUCUUGCGAAAGGGGGGGAAGACGGAGGCUAAAGAUGAGGGCGAUGACGAGCGGAAGGCAUCGACCGAGGCGAAAGUCGAGGCCGAGUCAGCAUUGAAGACUGGCACCGAAGGGGCGGAAGGGGACGUAGCGGGUACCAAAGAGGAGACUGAGGAAAACAGUGGCGCGCCGGGGUGGACGUGUCCCCGAUGCGGUGAGGAGUUCGCACUGCCCGACGAAGAGUGGGUGGCGCGGCAACGCGCUGAGCACGAGGAUUGGCAUUUUGCUGCCGACUUGCAGGCGCAGUACGGAGGUGCGGCUGAAGGAGGGAGUGAGGGGAGCGCGUCCCGAGCGACGAACGGAGGCGGCGGUGGGAGUAGCGUAGCACGAGGGAAGGCGAAGGCGAAGGUACAGAAGCCAAAAGGAAUCAAGGCCUUCUUCGCGCCCAAGAAGUGACAUUGUAUUUAUUAGUCUGUAAUUUUGUCUCUGCAUCUGCAUCACACAG